CAUUCAGUUGGACACAUCUUCCUCCGUUUCAUUCAGUAUAUUACAUAUCUGUAAUUGAGUCAGAGUCGCUAAGCCUUGUGGGAUAUUAAUGAAUGUGAACUCAGCAACCGUAAUUCCAGAACAGUCCCACUGUUGUAAUAGUGGGAUGUGUAUCUUCUGACAGACUCUAUGCUGAGUAAAGUCAUGUUUUUAUCCUAAAACGUUUUUCUACCAGAACCAAAGUGUGGAUGCAGUCACUAUUUAGAGCAGUCUAAUCUCAUUAACCCAGAACUAUAAUCUUGUGUGAUUAAGUUCUGGGUCCAUACGUGUUAGAAACUACAGGAGGUGAGACACAUGUUAUUUGUUACAGCAGUUUCCAUGGAAACAUACAGAGGGGUUUAUGCAAAUCAACCCUUUCUGUCUUGACACAUGAAGGAGGAGUCUCUGAAAACCUAUUUAAAGCAGUCUGUCCUGACUCAGCUCAACAGUCUCCAGUCUACCAACUGGUCUCUGUAAUAACUAUUUAAAUCAGUCUGUCCUGACUCAGAUCAACAGUCUCCAGUCUACCAACUGGUCUCUGUAACUUCAUCUUUGUCUCUGUAGUGUAAAGUCUUCAGGUGAUGAUGGGGGUAUUGAAUCAUCUCUCUACUCUCCUCCUUCUCUCUCUCCUUCCUCCUGCUCUCUCUCGUGUAGUGAACAAGUUCAGUGAUGUUACAGAGUGCACAGAGUUCUUCCUGGGGGGAACAACUCCAAAUAUCCCAGGUAUUUUGGUUGAUGGGACAGUCCGGGACCAGAACCGCUACAAGCCGAUCUGCCAGUUGUUCAACAACAUCUACAGGUUUGCAACUCUCUACGACACGACCAACAGGAUCCCUGUGUUCUCAGCCUACUCCUUCUCUGGUCCUCCUACAAACUGCAGACCAAAAAAUCAACGCUGGAUGAUAGAGCCCCAGCUCAACGGGGUGAACAACCCUGAAAUGCAAAAGGACAGUAAAGAGAUUGAAUACCAACACCAGGCUGGGAACUACGACUAUAAGAACUCGAUACCAAAUAAAGGGGUGAACAGAGGUCACCUCUUCCCAUGUUCACAUGCGUGUGACAAUGAUACUCAGAAGUCCACCUUUACCCUGACCAACAUCGUUCCCCAGGUGGUGUCCUUCAACGGGGGCAGCUGGAAUGAUAUGGAGGAAAAUGUCAGAGAAAAGCUGAUGACGGACUGUUUUAGUAACAACAGGAAGAUAAAGGCCUAUGUGGUGACUGGAGCAGUUCCCAGUGAGAGCAACACACUGAACAACAGAGUGAACAUCCCAGAUAUCCUGUGGACAGCCUACUGCUGUUACAACAACAACCUGAGACAGUGGAUGGCUGAAGCACACUGGGGGGAGAACAAAAAGGAGGACAAGGGGAAAAAAAUGCCCUCAUAUACCUUGGCAGAGCUGUAUGACAAGUUGAACCCGAACCCGAACCCGAACCCAAACUUCUCAGGUGGUGGUGUCCAGGUGUUCCCAAAGCAGUGUCCAACUGGUGUCAACCCUACCCCUACCCCUACCCCUAACCCUACCAUUACCCCUACCCCUACCCCUACCCCUACCCCUAACCCUACCAUUACCCCUACCCCUACCAUUACCCCUACCCCUAACCCUACCAUUACCCCUACCCCUAACCCUACCAUUACCCCCAACCCUACCAUUACCCCUACCCCUACCAUUACCCCUACCCCUAACCCUACCAUUACCCCUAAUCCUAACCCUAACCCUAACCCUACCACUACCCAAAAUGCUACUCCACCCCCUAACCCCUGGAGGAAGUAUCUUGAAAUCAGUGAGGAAUGAGGAAUAUUUACAAAUCAUUAAUAAAUAGUUCUGGAAGGAUCUUUGGAUGAUCUGGGUCCAGAUGCUCUCACCAUAUCAACAAACUAUCAUUACUGUUAGACUAAUGAUUAUCAGGGUUAUAAUGGUAAUGAGGGUUGUUAUGGUAAUGAGGGUUGUAUUGGUAAUGAGGGUUGAAAUGGUAGUGAGGGUUAUAAUGGUAAUGAGGGUUAUAAUGGUAAUGAGAGUUGUAAUGGUUAUGAGGGUUGUAAUGGUAAUGAGGGUUGAAAUGGUAGUGAGGGUUAUAAUGGUAAUGAGGGUUAUAAUGGUAGUGAGAGUUGUAAUGGUAAUGAGGGUUGUAAUGGUAGUAAGGGUUAUAAUGGUAAUGAGGGUUAUAAUGGUAAUGAGGGUUGUAAUGGUAGUGAGGGUUAUAAUGGUAAUGAGGGUUAUAAUGGUAAUGAGAGUUGUAAUGGUUAUGAGGGUUGUAUUGGUAAUGAGGGUUGAAAUGGUAGUGAGGGUUAUAAUGGUAGUGAGGGUUAUAAUGGUAGUGAGGGUUGUAAUGGUUACAUGUCAACAUAUGUACACUUUCACUUGUAAUACUUUUCUAUGUCUAUAUAUAUCUAUAUACUCUUCUCUGAAUUACAUUUACAUUUACAUUUAAGUCAUUUAGCAGACGCUCUUAUCCAGAGCGACUUACAAAUUGGAAAGUUCAUACAUAUUCAUCCUGGUCCCCCCGUGGGGAAUGAACCCACAAGCGUAUGUUACCAUAGAGAUACUAUUAUAUGUUCUGAAUGUAAUUCUAUCACUGUUACCAUAGAGAUACUAUUAUAUGUUCUGAAUGUAAUUCUAUCACUGUUACCAUGGAGAUACUAUUAUAUGUUCUGAAUGUAAUUCUAUCACUGUUACCAUAGAGAUACUAUUAUAUUUUCUGAAUGUAAUUCUAUCACUGUUACCAUAGAGAUACUAUUAUAUGUUCUGAAUGUAAUUCUAUCACUGUUACCAUAGAGAUACUAUUAUAUGUUCUGAAUGUAAUUCUAUCACUGUUACCAUAGAGAUACUAUUAUAUGUUCUGAAUGUAAUUCUAUCACUGUUACCAUAGAGAUACUAUUAUAUGUUCUGAUUGUAAUUCUAUCACUGUUACCAUGGAGAUACUAUUAUAUGUUCUGAAUGUAAUUCUAUCACUGUUACCAUAGAGAUACUAUUAUAUGUUCUGAAUGUAAUUCUAUCACUGUUACCAUAGAGAUACUAUUAUAUGUUCUGAAUGUAAUUCUAUCACUGUUACCAUAGAGAUACUAUUAUAUGUUCUGAAUGUAAUUCUAUCACUGUUACCAUAGAGAUACUAUUAUAUGUUCUGAAUGUAUUCUAUCACUGUUACCAUAGAGAUACUAUUAUAUGUUCUGAAUGUAAUUCUAUCACUGUUACCAUAGAGAUACUAUUAUAUGUUCUGAAUGUAAUUCUAUCACUGUUACCAUAGAGAUACUAUUAUAUGUUCUGAUUGUAAUUCUAUCACUGUUACCAUGGAGAUACUAUUAUAUGUUCUGAAUGUAAUUCUAUCACUGUUACCAUAGAGAUACUAUUAUAUGUUCUGAAUGUAAUUCUAUCACUGUUACCAUAGAGAUACUAUUAUAUGUUCUGAAUGUAAUUCUAUCACUGUUACCAUAGAGAUACUAUUAUAUGUUCUGAAUGUAAUUCUAUCACUGUUACCAUAGAGAUACUAUUAUAUGUUCUGAAUGUAAUUCUAUCACUGUUACCAUAGAGAUACUAUUAUAUGUUCUGAAUGUAUUCUAUCACUGUUACCAUAGAGAUACUAUUAUAUGUUCUGAAUGUAAUUCUAUCACUGUUACCAUAGAGAUACUAUUAUAUGUUCUGAAUGUAAUUCUAUCACUGUUACCAUAGAGAUACUAUUAUAUGUUCUGAAUGUAAUUCUAUCACUGUUACCAUAGAGAUACUAUUAUAUGUUCUGAAUGUAAUUCUAUCACUGUUACCAUAGAGAUACUAUUAUAUGUUCUGAAUGUAAUUCUAUCACUGUUACCAUAGAGAUACUAUUAUAUGUUCUGAAUGUAAUUCUAUCACUGUUACCAUAGAGAUACUAUUAUCUGUUCUGAAUGUAAUUCUAUCACUGUUACCAUAGAGAUACUAUUAUAUGUUCUGAAUGUAAUUCUAUCACUGUAUGUAUCCAUCUUCUUCCCAUCUGAAGGAAUAAACAUCUAUAAUGAAUGAA